UGUGUUUGUGUUUGUGUUUGAUUUUAUUUUCGUUGAUUUUUAUUGACUGUUUUCACUCAUUGUUUGAUUGAAUCAUGCCUGAAAUAAUUAAUCUUCAAGUUGGCCAAUGUGGUAAUCAGAUUGGCGUCAAGUUUUGGGAAGUGAUUACCGAUGAACAUGCUAUUAAAUCCGAUGGUAGCUGUGAUAGUGAUGGUUAUCGUUCACAAUUGGAUCGUAAAAAUGUUUAUUUUAAUGAAGCAUCGAAUGGAAAAUAUGUUCCACGUUCGAUUAUGAUUGAUUUAGAACCCGGCACAAUGGAUGCCGUACGUGCCAGUAGUGUUGGUCAAUUAUUUCGACCAGAUAAUUAUAUAUUUGGCGACACCGGUGCUGGUAAUAAUUGGGCCAAAGGACAUUAUACUGAAGGUGCUGAAUUUGUUGAUGACGUAAUGGAAAAGAUUCGAAAAGAAGCAGAAAUUUGUGAUUGCUUACAAGGAUUUCAAUUUUCACAUUCAUUGGGUGGUGGCACUGGUUCCGGUAUGGGUACGCUGUUAAUGUCGCGUAUCGGUGAAGAAUUUCCCGAUAGAAUGCUUGCAUCAUUUAGUGUAUUACCAUCGAAAAAAGUAUCGGACACAAUCGUUGAGCCAUAUAAUGCUAUAUUAUCGAUUCAUGAAUUGAUUGAAAAUACAAAUGAAACAUUCUGCAUUGAUAACGAGGCGCUUUAUGAUAUUUGUAAUCGUUCAUUGCGUAUGAAAACACCGACAUAUAAUGAUCUUAAUCAUCUUAUAUCAACGACAAUGUCCGGAGUGACGACCUGUUUACGUUUUCCUGGACAAUUGAAUGCCGAUUUACGGAAAUUGGCAGUAAAUAUGGUACCAUUUCCACGAUUACAUUUUUUUAUGUCAAGUAUUGCACCACUUACAUCAACUGGUUCACAAUCAUUUCAAGCACUUAAUGUGUCUGAAUUAACGCGACAAUUAUUUGAUGCCAAAAAUUUAAUGGCUGCUUGUGAUCCACGUCAUGGACGUUAUCUUACCGUUGCUGCACUAUUUCGUGGCCGUAUGUCAAUGAAAGAAGUUGAUGAACAAAUUGUGAACAUACAGAAUACGAAUAGUUCACAUUUCAUUGAAUGGAUACCAAAUAAUAUUAAAACAGCUGUUUGUGAUAAACCACCACGGGGUUUAAAAAUGGCUGCAACAUUUUUAUGCAAUUCUACCUCCAUUCAGGAAUUGUUUCGCCGUAUUUUUGAACAAUAUCAAUCAAUGUUUCGACGAAAAGCAUUUCUUCAUUGGUAUACUGGUGAAGGGAUGGACUUGAUGCAAUUUGAUGAAGCCCAUUCCAAUGUUCAUGAUUUGAUCAGUGAAUAUCAGCAAUAUCAAGAAUCAAAAGCUGAUGAUGAUAUCGAUGAGGAUUAUGAUAAUGAUGAUAAUUUAGAGAUUAUUCAACCCAACUCUAAUUGAAUCAAUCAAUCAACAAAAUAAUUGGAAAAUAUUCAUUUGAAUGAGUCAAUGUUCUCAUGUUCAUGCUGUUUAUGGCUUAUCAUCGAAAUUCAUUGAAAACAUUGGACAUAGCAUAAAUCAACAAAUCAGAACAGAAUCGUUAUAUUUACUUUGUUCAUCUUAUUUCUUAAUUCAUAAUUGUCUCUUUGUCAUUUUUGUUCUUUAAAAUCAAUAAAAUCAACUAUUUAAACUAA